AUGUGGAUCUUCGAGUGUUCGUUGACAAACAUCAUCCCCAUCGAGGCGCUUGGGAGUGCCGGGGACACCCAGAACCAACCGGAUGGCAGCAGCGGGAGCAAUUUAGAGGAUUUAUACCACCGAAUACUAGAUGAUAGCGAAUUCAGUUCCCAUGCCAACCUCCGGUUCAACCGGCACAACUUCGAGCACGGGGACGCGGAGGGCGGCAGGGCCGGCUCGCGGUUUCCGCCCCCGCCAGCGCCGUCCUCGUCGGUGAGGGUUAAUAAUAAUCGUAAGAUUAACGUCGUAGAGCCGUACCGGGCUAGUGUAGGUAGUGCGGGGAGCGUCUUCGAUGGGCUGCCGGAUGCGGAGCUCGAGGAGCUCGAGGGUGCUGCGGAGGUGCCAAAUUCGCCGGAAGAGGAGGAACCGGCGCACGAUCACCGGGCGCUGUUCGAGCGCGACUACAUGUCGAGCGUGUUGCGGGACUCGCAGGCGCACGGACCAGGCGAACAUCGGUCGCGCCCGGCAGGUGGUAGGUUCGAGGUAGACGAACAGCAGCAACAGCCACAGCACUAUCCUGCCUACCGGCGGCAUCGCCGCUCGUUGCUGCGCCGCCGAUCGAUACGGUUGAAGGAGUCGAUCGGCAAAAGUGAACCAUCGGCCGAAGCGACAACGCCAACACCAGAAGUGCCAGCUUCCUCGGGGCUGCGGGGCGGUGUACCGAAACUGCAACCCAGCCCGGAGGCCGUUUCUCCUCUAGAGCUCUCUUCUAUCCUUCCACGCGCCGCAGAUGACAGGGAGCGUUCGGUAAAUCAGAACCACGAACCAGAUGGUGCCCGGGGGCGUAGCCAAUCCGAAACCGCACCGAGCUCGUUACCCGUUGCAUCUUCGCCACCGGCAGCCGAAGGGGCGAAGAAACUUCCCCAACAAUCUUCCGACACGACAGCGGGAGCAAUUACAUCGCCACAGUUUUCGCUCCGAAACGCUGGCAGCCAUUACGGCGAUCGGCCGGCAGCCCGCGGGGCCCACGGCCCGGCCGUCGGUAUCGACAGCUUCAAUUUGCUAGAUGACAGCGUGUUCGUGGCGCACCGGAACGACACGACGGAGCGGGGCCGUGGCGGUGCCGACGGUGCCCGGCAGCGGCUGCCCUCGCUCGGCACCGAUCUGACGCUCGACGCGAACGGUAACAUUUUCGGGGGCGAAAACUUUGACGAACAAAUUAUCUUUCUCAAUGGACCGGAUCUGCUGGAGACAAGUGUCGAACAGCAGCAGUCGGGGCCUCAGUCGUUGCUGGCUCAACCCGCUGGCGCCGAAGGCCGUCAGCUGGGCAAGGUGGCGCGUGAGGCCGUGGACGAGCCACGGGCACUGCCGCUGCGGCCCAUCAUUCGCGGCCCGUCGGAUGACCACGUCCAGGUGGAGGACAACGUGGUGGUGGUGUACGCGGACCAGCACGAAACGGUGCGGCUGAACUGCGAGGUCGACGCUGACAUCACGUCGAGCGUGUGGCUCAAGGACGGCCAGAUAGUGCAUGUGAUGGACAAAAAGUCACGGACCGCCGACAUCCGGUUCGUGCGCGAACCCCUCGGCGGCAUGACGAUCGCCAACGUGAUGCUGGAGGACGACGGCGAGUGGCAGUGCGAGGCGGAGAACGCCCGCGGAUUCUUCUUCAACGGGCGCCCGAUUAAGCUCGUCGUGCUGGAUCCUCCCAAGGAGCCGUAUCUGUUGAUCGAUUCGCGGCGGCUCGACGCGGGCAAUAUGUUCAUCCCGGUGAAGGAGAACUCGGAGCUAACGCUGGCCUGCGUCAGCGAAGGCGGCAACCCCAAACCGGCCCUCACCUGGGAGGUGCUGCUGAGCCCCGGUAUCGACCGCCACGCGCAGAAAAUUUCCAGCGACGUGCUGGAGCUGCAGGAGAUCAAGAAGGACAAGGACAAGGACCCGUACAAGAUCAACAGUGGAGCCAUCUCGGAGGUGAAGCUACCGGCCGUCUUCCGGGUGCACCACAACGCACGGAUCCUCUGCAUCAUGGAGCACCCGACGCUGAAGGUGCGCCAGAACGCAUCCAUCCUGCUCGACGUGCAGUACACACCAUCGUUCGCCAUCACACGGACGCCGGGCUUCGGGUAUCCGCUGCGCGAGGGUAUCGCGGUGUCGCUGAAGUGCGACGUCGACUCGAACCCGCCCAGCACGCCGGUCUGGCAGAAGGACGACGGUGAGACGCCGGUGCCGCAGAUUGGCGACGGGUUCCUCAACUUCAGCUCGAUCCGACGGGAGCACUCCGGAUGGUACAAGUGCACCUCGCGGCACCUCAACUUCCAGUACUCGAGCAUCGGGUACUACCUGAGCGUACGCUAUGAACCCGUCGACGUUACGUCGGAACCGGUCGAACAGGAUCCGCCCCUGUCACCCUCAUCUUCAUCGUCCUCUUCAUCGUCCUCGUCGUCGGCCUCGUCCUCCUCUUCGUCCGCAUCGUCGUCGGCUGCGAACCCUGCCUCAUCGUCCGGGGCCGCCACUGGAUCGAUCCCGUCAUCCGGUACAUCCGGCGCGGAGCACACCGGAACGAACUCGUUCAAGGGAGGCCAGAUGGAGGUCGAGCUGGGAGGCUCGGUUACGCUGCAGUGUCCACAAGGAUCCCUCGGUUGCUGGUCCCACCUGGAUCCGGUGACGGCCCGGCUGAAAGGGCUUGGCACCGGCAUCUACACACCGACCGGUCACUUCUCGCUGAAGGACGUCGUCUACCAGGACGCCGGGACGUACAAGUGCGUCGGGCAGAGCACGAACAAUCGCAAAAAGCUCGAGGUGCUGCAAACGGUUUCAAUCGCUGUCAAAGGAGCACCGAGUGUGAGUGCCAGAAAUACGACCCCCGUGGCGUAUCCUGGCUCGCCGUUGCAUCUGUCGGUGGAGUUCUGCGCGAAUCCGCCCGCUUACGCGGCCCGGUGGCUGCACGGAGACCGCGUCUACACGCCCGGCAACCAGUAUGGAAGCGAUGUGCUCGCCUACGGGUUCAUUGACCUGCCGACACCGUUCUGCAAGGAGGCACGUCUGACGUACGUGCACAUGCACGAGAAGGUUCCGCGGACGUUCUAUUUCGUGGUCUCCUCGCCCGGUGGCGUUGCCGAGGCCGUCUUCCGGGUCAACUACACGCUCAAGCACAAGCAACUGCUCGGUUCGGCCACGGCAUCGGGCGCCGGAUCCGGAACCUUCGGUAGCCCGUUUUCGCUCUCCGCGUCCUCUUCGGCGUCCGGUGGCGUGAUCCCGAACGGGGGGCCCAACUCAGGCUACAAGAUCAACACCAACACCAUCAACACCGUCCCGGGGAACCAGCUGGAUGGUGGCGACGAGGAGCUGAUGGAACCGGAAGAGAUCCAUUUCCCCAGCUUUGGCCGCGGAACGGCCGUCGGUCCGUCGGGCGCGCUGGCACCGGCGUCGAUCGUCCUGCUACUCACGCUGCUACUACCACUGCGCUACUCGUACUGUUAUCUGUCGUAG